CCGCUCUGUCCGCGUUACUUCUUCGCUGUCGCACGAAGAGGUGAGUCCACUGUGGCCCAGGAGUGGUGAAAUGUGAAUUUGACCAGGAGCGUUCAAGUCUCUUCUCGUUCUGUGCCGCAUCUCGGAGACUGUGCCGUUUGUCAAUUCUGAUCAGCCCACCUGACAUUUUGUGUGUGAAAAUUGCUGGAGGAGCAGGACAUCAACCAUCGAAGUUAUUGAGAAGGAAAAAUCCCAGAGGACACUCCAAAGUAUUGUGCGAAACAGUGCGAAAAGUUAUAUCGCGUUAAAUAUUUGAGCAAACACGUGUUGAGGAGGAAAAGUUCUUCAGCACCAGCGGCGGAGUUUUUAUUGCCGUCACUUCGCAUCCCUCGAGAAGCAAUCAAAGAUCCGACAAAUAUGCGCACCCUCUCAACGAGUGUUCUGGUCCUCGUGAUCUGCUGCUGUUCACCGCUCUUCCUAGUCGUGCCAACGAAUGCCGAAGAGGCGCCGCACAGACGCGAUCCCAUCGGCUUCCAGGGCGUCCGGGGCAGAAGAAGUGCCACGGACGUGCCUCCCACAUCCAUCUCGCACAUCUCCAUGUCCCAAUCGCCAGCCCCGGACCAGGAGGAGGAUGAGCAGCCCAACACACCUCCAGUGACCACAAAUGAGGUCAGCGGAUACAUUAGGGGAUUACCGGUGCUGUCACUGGUAAAGCGAGCCCCAGUCGGAUUCAUGGGCAUGCGAGGCAAGAAGGACUCUGAGGUGGUCACCGUGGAUGAGGCGCCGAUGGACAUUGAGGAGCCCAGAGACAAGAAGUUGUUCCUCAACUUACCUUUUCGCUACAUCCCGAAGCGCGCUCCGUCAGGCUUUAUGGGAAUGCGUGGGAAGAAGUUCUCCUUCGACUCCUACAAGCGAGCUCCAUCUGGCUUCUUGGGGAUGCGUGGCAAGAAAGAGAGUGACCACGUCUGGCCACCACUGGAGGAUCUUCAAGUAGAGGAGGAACUUAUGCACAGCGAGCCUGUGGAUGAGGAGGAGCAGUUGAAUCAAAUCUACACGAAGCUGGACCAGGAGCGGGAAUUGCUGGCGCGGUUGAGCGAAAUGUAUGGCCUACAUUUGUGGGAUGAUGAGAAGCGGGCGCCCGCGAAUGGCUUCUUUGGCAUGAGAGGCAAGAAGUUCUCCUUCGACGACUCAGUGGACAAGCGCGCUCCCAUGGGAUUUCAAGGAAUGCGAGGCAAGAAGUGGUCCGAUUUGGCUGAGGAGGAGACAGUGGGAUUUGACGAGGAGAUGGAGAAGAGAGCGCCCCAGAUGGGAUUCCACGGGAUGCGCGGGAAGAAGGACGUGACGGAUGUGCUGCUGAGCGAGAGUUCGGAGAAGAGAGCCCCAGCAGCUGGAUUCUUCGGGAUGAGAGGAAAGAAGCAGCCAGGAUUCCGCGUCACCGCCGACCGAAGAAACUUGUUUGGCAUCAUGAAAUCCAAGAAGGGCCCCUACGAAUUCCGCGGUAAGUUUGUUGGUGUCAGAGGCAAGAAAAUCCCCGCUGGGAGUGCACUGAAUAAAUUAAUCACGGAAUUGGAUGAACUCCAAGCAGACGGUGGCUUUCUGCAGCCGGCACAGCUGGUGGAGAGCGAGGAGGCGCCCAUCAAGCGGGUUCCCAGUGGAUUCAUGGGGAUGCGCGGCAAGAAGUGGUCAGAUUCGCCCGCAAAUGAGCAGUAAAUUGGACAUUAAAGGGCAAUGAAAAGAGUGAGAAAUACCCAGCAGCAAUUCUUCAAAAUUCCCCAAGACAUCCCUUCUCUCUUCACUGAACAAUCUUCGAGAGGACUUCGCAUUCCACGACCGAAACACACCCUGGCAAAAACCAUUAAUUAUUCUCUUACUGAUUAAAACUAAAAUACAAGAGCGUGGCAUUCAAUUGAGGAGGAUUUCUUGCGGCGAGGAUGGAUAAAUUAUGCAUGGUGCGAGGCACAGAAGUCGUUUAAAAGUCAAUGUAAAAUAAGAGAAAAAGUAUUAAUAAAUAUAUUUGCAUUAUAUUUUUAGUGAGGGAAGAGAAAAAUCUAUAUAUAUAAAAUUGAAGAAGAGAAAUCUGCAACUUUCCUAAUUGUUGAGAGGUGAGAGAGAAAGUGGUGAAAGAUAUAAGAUUAAUGUAAAAUGUUACUAUAAUAAACUGACAAGAGAAUGAAGGGGAGAAAACUAUUAAUAUUUAAAUACUUCCUGCAGCAAAAGAGGUUAAAAAUGCAUAUUUAUAUUUAAAGAGCAUUAAAAAUUAAAUCUAACUUAUUCCGUUUGAAGAUUAUCUAGUCACUUAAGUUCACUUCUUGCUUCAUCUUCUUAGAGAAAGAGAGAGAGAGGGAGAGACAGAGA